AUGACGACGUCGUCGAACAACUGGAUGUUGAUCAAGAUUAUUAAAUUGUUCGGCGCGCUCGUCCCGUUGGAGCCUAGACUGGGCAAAAAGCUGCUCGAACCACUGACGAAUUUGAUCAACAGCACCUCGGCUAUGUCGCUGCUCUACGAGUGCAUAAACACGGUCAUUGCUGUGCUCAUCAGCACAUCCGCCGGCACGCCGGGCGACCACACGACAAGCAUCCAGCUGUGCGUCCAGAAGCUCGGCCUGCUCAUCGAGGAUUCUGACCAGAACCUGAAAUACCUGGGCCUGUUGGCGAUGGGCAAGAUUCUACAGACGCACCCGAAAGCUGUGCAGGCGCACAAAGACAUUGUUCUACGCUGCCUCGACGAUCGUGACGAGAGCAUCAGGAUAAGGUCCCUCGACUUGCUCUACGGCAUGGUCUCGAAGAAGAACAUCAUGGAGAUUGUGAAGAAGCUGAUGGAACAUGUGGAACAUGCGGAGGGAUCGCAUUACAGGGACGAGCUGCUGUCCCGGAUCAUCUCCAUCUGCUCCUACAACAAUUACCAAUACAUCACAAACUUUGAGUGGUACAUCUCGGUGCUCGUCGAGCUGACGAAGGUCGAAGGGACGAAGCACGGCGCCAAAAUUGCUGAACAGAUCCAAGACGUCACCGUACGCGUCCAAUCGAUUCGCCACUUCUCCGUCUCCCAGAUGGCGUUAUUGGCGUGCACCCUGGCCGCGAUGCUGCGUGUCCUCGAGCAGUACCACAGUCGAAAGGAGAAGGUUGGAGCGGAAGUGUGCCAAUUGUACGAGGGAGAGCUGAACCCGGUGGCCGGAAAGGCACAACGGAAAGUGCCACUGCCGGAGGGUCUCGAUCUGGAUGUGUGGAUCGGAGAGGAAUGGCAGGAGAGCGCGUCGGAAAGCAGUGAUGAAGAUGAGGCCGAGAAGACGUUCGGACAAAUGCGGGUACGCAGCGAGUUCGCCAACUUUGGCGGCCCACCCCGAUACGAAUCCGACGAAGAGGCCGAGCCCGCACACCAGAAAAAGCCGAAAAAGAAGGCGUCCACCGAGCUGACGCCGGCCGAGCUGGAGAAGCGGAAGCUGCAGAGAGAGCGAGAGAUACAGAGCAAUCCGUACUACGUGAAAGGAACGGCCACACAGCCAAAACGCCCCACCGAAUUCCAAAUGGCGCCGAAAGCUGAAGAAAACGGGACAACAUCCGCGCACUUGAAUAUACAAAGUCCGCUGGAAAUUCCAGGCGUCGUCGGCCUCUCCCGUUAUAUGGAACAACAGGACGCGACGUUGACCUGGAAGAAGGCGAAGAAAGAGAAGAAAAAGACGACGAAAAAGGGCAAAAAGAAGAGGCAUGACACGACUAGUGAUGAAGACGAGGCCGCCGUCGUUCACCAGGUGAAUCGACACGACGGUGAGAUGCCGGAGAACGCAAAAUCCACCGACGAUGAGGCCGAGGAGAAAACGAACGGCUUGACCGACGAGUUCAAGGCGCUUGACGUGAAUCUGGACGAGCCGCUCAGACCCGAUGAAAUCGUUCGCGGUCCCCAGGCAUAUAUCCGACAAACCGUCAGCCAUCGUCCACUUAUGCAGGGCCCACUGCAACCUCGGCCACCAACCACGGGACCACUGCUGAAGAAGCCGGCCGUAGAGACGAAGAAGAAAAAGAAGAAGACCGAAAAGGAUGCGGAGGAAAAGCCCAAGAAAAAGAAGAAGGCAAAAACCCCAGGAGCGACGGCCACAAACGGCGAACCGGUUGCGCCCGAGGCCACAAAUGACAUCGACACCUGGCUGGACACGGAAACCGUGGUUGAACAAGCAGCGGAUGCGCUCAAGGAAUACUCGGUCGGUGUUUGUCCGGACGAGCCUUCGGUUUGCGUGGUUACGGUGGCCCUUGUCAAUGAGGGAUCUCUGGAGGUGAAGCGGGUCGAGAUGAACGUGUGCGAUACGCUGAAUGCCCGGCUGAAAACGCAGGGCGCCGAGGAUGGUAUUUCUGUGCCUACAAUCCCUCCUGGCGGCACCGCCAGUGUUCAUCUCCGGCUGUCCAUUGCCUCCCCGUCGGUGUCGCAAAAGAUACGCGGCUCGCUGACGUAUUUUGUGCAGGAGGGCGAAAACUCGAGCUCCGAGAAGCUAGACUUCAAGCUCGCCAUCCCGACCACCACCUUCCUGUCACCAGCGACUAUUGGAAAGCGUUGGCCAGCUACGUGGAUCAGAACGAUUUUACGACUCGUUUUGCGGCCACCGGUGAAGCACUCACAGGACAUUGCCAAUAAGGAGGUCCAGAUUGGAGAUGCUCUCGACGUUUUCGCUGCAAAUUUCACGACAACCUACGAGGAGGUGCAGCCAGGGGCCAAGGAUUUCGUGGAUGCAGUCAAUAUACUAACCUCCACUUUUGGGACGACCGGUAACGAUUCGGACAAGCUGGUUGCUGAUGCAGCCCAGGCAGUGGUUGACGCUCGGUGCUUCUACUCGAACAAAGACGAGCCGUGGAAAUGCGUCGCCACCCCAACCACUGCCGCCCCCGCGUAU